UCAGUUUAAAAAAAUUAUUCUCCUUGCCCGAUGUUAUAUGAUGAAACGUCAUAAAGACUGGAAUGGUCAAAGUGUUUGAAACUGACGUUUGGCGCACAGCUAAAUGUGUGUUUUUGACAUUUGAUUUGUUUUAUAGUUACAACAAACACGUGCUGCAACAUUAUGGAAAACUGAACAAUUCUGUGAAAUAAAAAACUUAUAAUUUCCACAAAUAAAAGAAUUUUCUCAUUUUAUAUACGAACUUGGAAAUAGGUGGACGGACAUGGGAUUAACGAAACAAUAUCUUGCAUAUCAUUCUGUUGGAAAUUUCAACAUAAUUGCCAGUGGAAAUGUUAAUGUUUCUUUUAUAACGUACAAUAAAACGGAUGGUCGUUAUGUGGCUGUUGGCGCGGCUGAAAAAGUGUUUGUAUGGGAUUUACGCUUAGGAGAAAAAGUACUUGAAUUCGUGCGUGGCAAAGAGGAAGUAACCACAUUAUGUCCAUCGCCCGAUCGCUUACAUUUGGCAGUUGGCUUCGCGGAUGGUGUGGUCCGUAUAUUUAAUUUGCAAUCCACUUUUGAAGAUGAACCUCAAUUUUCACUUCAUCGAAGCGGUGUCAAUAUUUUACGUUAUGAUUCAGCAGGAUUAAGAUUGGCAUCAGGUGGUCAAGAUACUGACAUCGUGAUCAUUGACAUAGUAACAGCAACCGGAAAAUGUCGUCUAACUGGCCAUUCAGGAGCUAUCACUGAUACUUGUUUUUAUGAAAAUACUAUGGACAACAACAUUGUUAUAUCCUCAUCGACGGAUAAACAGGUGAAAAUAUGGAAUAUCACGACACAGUGUUGUUUUCGUACAAUUGUCGACUACACAACUGAAGUGUGGGCAAUUGCACUGCUCCGUGGUGGCGAUUUCUUAGUGACUGGUUGUGACGAUUCAAACAUAAAUGUAUAUCGAUUGAUUCCCAACACACAAGACACACAACAAGUUGGAGAGACAGCUGUCGAUGGAUCUAUUGCAGAAGAACAAAUUCAUUUGCCACUUCGGUGCAAUUUGGUCGGUUCAAUAAAACGAGCUGAUACACGAGGAAGAAUAUGCAAUUUAGUAUCUGAUCCGAGCGGCCGAGUUUUGGUUUUCCACGGCACAAAAAGCAAAAUCAUUGAAACAUUUUCAUUCCAUUCAAAGGAAGAGGCUGAACAAAGGUGUAAAAAGCGGCUCAAGAAAAAUUCCACCGACGAUAUUGACGUGAGCAACGUAUCCUUGACUGAUGAAAUCAGAAGAUUGCCGCCUGUAAACAUAAAAUCAAAAUUAAAAUCGAUUGAUGUGUUGAUUGGAGGUGGAGAUAGUCUUCGCAUAGUUGGAACAUUUUUUAACAAUUCGAUUCGAGUCUUCGCUUUGAAUUUGAAAGAGAAAAAAUCCGAACCAGAAUUACUUCGGUCACUUCACUCGCAGGGCCAUUCGUCGGAAGUACGCACAAUAUGCUUCAGCUCAGACGCCCUUGCUGUAUGCUCUGCUGAUGGAGACUCAUUAAAACUUUGGAAUCGUGAAUCAAUGCGAUCCGUACAAACCAUUUCAGACACCGGCUACGCACUGUGUUGCUGUUUUGCUCCCGGCGAUCGUCACGUGCUCAUCGGCAGAAUGGAUGGGGUUUUGGUUAUAGCCGACAUUGUAAGCGGAGAAGUUUUAGAAGAAAUUCCGGCACAUCAGAGAGAAUUGUGGUCAAUGGCAUUAUUAGCAAAUGGAUCGGGUAUCGUAACCGCUGGAGGUGAUGCAACCGUUAAAUUUUGGUCAUUUGAACUUAUUGAUUAUGUUCAGCCGAAAAGUGACGAGGAUUUGAAUUUAACAAGCCGAAAAGUAUUAUCGCUUCUACACAAAAAUACUUUGAAGCUGGAAGAAACGGUGCAGUGUGUUGGCGUGUCUAAGAAUGGAAAAUUUUUUGCAGUUGGUUUGCUGGACUCAACCGUGAAACUGUUCUUUAUGGACACACUGAAGUUUUAUUUAGCAUUAUACGGACAUAAACUAUCUGUACUGUCGUUGGACAUUUCAGACGAUUCUUCGUUGAUUGUGACUGGUUCAGCAGACCGCAACAUUAAAAUAUGGGGUAUGGAUUUUGGUGACUGUCACAAAUCUUUAUUUGCACACGAUGACUCUGUGAUGUGUGUUAAAUUCGUACCAAAAACUCAUAUGUUUUGGUCUUGUGGCAAAGAUGGAAAAAUCAAGCAAUGGGACGCUGAUUCCUUCGUACAAAUUCAAAGUGUUCCAUCACAUUUGGGGCAAGCGUAUUGUUUGGAUGUUAGCAAUACUGGUCAUUAUAUUGUGUCAAGUGGCUCCGACAGAACUAUUCGAUUGUUUGAACGCAGCGAUGAGCCAAUCGUCUUGGAAGACAUGCAAGAAACGGAACGUGAAGAAAUUGAACAACAGAAGUUAGCUACGGGCACUGAUGAUCCAAUAAUGCCAGGCAUGAUCACUCCAUUGAACCUACCAUCGCGCAAGACUGUCGCAGCCGAACAAGCUGUUGAACUAAUAAUGGAUGCAUUAGAAAUAUUGGUUAAUUUUAAACAAGCUGACAAAGGAGAACCAAUCCCAUUACUUAUGCGAGCACACAACGCUCAAACACCAGUAGAUUUGAUCAUUGCGGUUCUUUCUCGAAUCAAAUCAAGCGAUCUAGAGGAAUCACUUUUAUUGUUGCCUUUUACUUCCGUCUGUGAGCUACUCAAAUCGCUACCGGAAAUCAUUCGGAACCGUACAGAUCAAACAGAGUUAUUGUGCAAAGUAAUUACAUUUCUGUUUCGCAUACACCGGAAACCAAUCAUUGGGAAUCAAACACUCCUUCCAUUUAUACAACAAAUGGUUAUUGAUUUGGAGGAGAAUAUUGAUUUAGAACGUGAUAUUAUGGGAAAGAACUUAUUUGCACUAAAAAUGAUACAGCACGAUAUUGAGCAAGAUGAUUUGGAAAAUGGAGCAGAACUCUUCUAUGAUGCAUUGAAAGCUAAAAAGAAACGAGACCAAAAAAUGAAAUCCCGUCAAAUGAAAAAGAAAAUUAGCAUUCAAAUGGUAUCUUAAAUUUUUUUCUGUAACAUUAAAAGAAUAAAAACAUUUGAAACCAA